UUGAUGAAGGCGCUAAAACGAGCGGAAGCUCUAAGGUAAAGAAGUAAACAUACAAUGGGGUUCGAAAAUGAGAAAAUCGUCCCAGAAUUAUCCGAAGCAGAUGGAAAUAUCAGCUUUUCUGAAGUCACCACCGUCGCCUCGGGGAUGAUGCUUGACUUCCUGUUUGUGACUUUGUGUCGAAACUUCAAAGCAGGAAACUUUGAUGAGUUCAAUGAAACUCUGUUAGUUUUUAAGGCUCUUUCUGAGUGUGAAUCUCUUCAAGCUGCAGUCAAUGAUGAGAAGUCCAUGAUAUGUGCAUUUUUAGCAAGAGUCAUGCAUGGAAAGCAGCUGGAUGUCUUGUUUGAGGAAGAUGAGUCUGUAAUGCCCCUCAUGUCUGCUGCCACAGUUUGGGCAAAUUUACAGCACACUGUGGGAGAUGAAGAUUUAUUCAAACGCAUCAAUGUUCACCUGUUGGUCCAGGCUGUGGCUGCCUGCUUGGAAAACGGCCGGAUAUCUUCAGCCUCCUCUGUCAUCAAGUGGUUUGAAAAAAGAAACAAAUUCCCUCAGAAUUUGAGAGUCAAGCUCUCAGUUAUUGUCAAAAAGAUGGAAACGCACCACCCAUUCCUCAUGAGCCACAGCUAUGACCACCUGCGUGAGACAAUACAGUCCUUCUUGGAUAACUACCUAAAAAAGAAUCCGUCUGACUUCCUCGUCAAGGCAGCUACAAAGCUCGUCCAAUCCUCCCAAAACAAUAAGGAUUCAAAGCCAGUCUUUGUGGAAAGCAGUGCCCUCCCAGAACAGCCCCAUGAAAUGGAAAAAAAGAAUAAAAAACCAAAACGCAAACUGUUCUCUACUAAGACUACUGACAUGUGGAUGCCUGAUACCAUGGCGACGCCCUGCGUUUCCCUCAGACGACUCUCCAGAAAUGAGUUAUGUCAACUGAUGACAAGGUGUUUGGACACCCCCAAGUUAGAAAAGAAUGAAAAACAGAAGAAAAGGAAAACACCUAAGAAAUGGAAUGCUCAGCUGGACAGAUACCUUAAAGAGGGAGUCAGACGUCACGGACGGGGGAAAUGGGCUCAAAUCUUAUUGGAUUAUGACUUUGAAGGACGCACUGGGACCAUGCUGAAGGACCGCUGGAGAGUUCUGCUGAGGGCAAACAAAGUCGACUGAAAAGAAACAUGUCUCCUUCCUCUCAUUUCUGCCUGUAUGAUGUAGCAGUUUGUAUAUAACAAUCCCCC